AUGAACUGGAAGCAUCUGGAUUUAUUCAGCAUAGUUAAUCAGCUAUUUGUUUGACCUUUAUAUAUCAAGUUAGUUUUCAAAGCAGCAAGCUAAAGGCUGAAAAUUCAUGUCAAAUGUUUUGCAUGUGUCAAAUGUACUGCAUAGACAGUGAGCAGCUCGGCGCUUUCUUGCACAAAGUUUACAGUUUUAAUUGCAAAGCCUUUUUUACCUUGUAGAUUAAGAUCCUGAUAUACUAAAUCUGUUAGUCAGGGACGGAUGUAAACAGUUUCCAGUUUUAUCUCUGGCUUUGAACAGAACUGCAAUAUGUAGAUAUGCUGGAUUUGUUUUUGAAAUAACUUCCAAAGAUGGACCUUCAGUAAGCUGGUUGGGUUUUUUGCUAAGUUUGUCACUGUGUCCAUUAUGCACAGGAUUGCAUAUUCAUACAGAAUUAUUUCAUUUAAACUCCUUAUCCAGCCAUCUUGUUAAAUGGGGAAAUAAGUGAUUACUGUACAGACUAUGACAACAGGAUAUGUGAAUGGAGGAAUUCUUGGAAAACAUCGCUAUGCCAAGUGGCAUCGUGAGGACAGUGGAGAAGACGAUGGGCAUCCAGAGUGCUAUGGAGGCGAUGAAGAGGGCAGGCAGCACAGGCUGACCCCAUUUGAGAAACUAAUGCAGGAUAUGUCCCAGAAUGAAAAAGUUGUGAAAGAACUAACCCUGGGAAAGAGACUUGGCUUCUAUCGAGUCAGAGGAGAAAUAGGAAGUGGGAAUUUCUCACAAGUGAAGCUUGGAAUUCAUUCCCUAACCAAAGAGAAAGUUGCAAUUAAGAUUUUGGACAAGACAAAGCUGGACCGGAAGACUCAACGUUUGCUAUCUCGUGAGAUAUCCAACAUGGAAAAACUGCACCACCCAAAUAUCAUCAGACUGUAUGAAGUGGUGGAGACACUCUCAAAACUGCAUCUUGUGAUGGAGUAUGCAGGAGGUGGGGAGCUCUUCACUAAAAUCAGUACAGAAGGGAAGCUGCUAGAAACAGAGUGUAAAAUAAUCUUCUCCCAGAUUCUGUCUGCUGUGAAGCACAUGCAUGAGAAUAAUAUCAUUCACCGGGACUUAAAAGCAGAAAAUAUCUUCUACACCAGUAACACCUGUGUUAAGGUGGGAGACUUUGGAUUCAGCACAGUAAGUAAAAGAGAUGAAACUUUAAAUACCUUCUGUGGCUCUCCUCCUUAUGCUGCUCCUGAACUCUUCCGAGAUGAAAACUAUAUUGGUAUUUAUGUAGACAUCUGGGCACUGGGGAUCCUGCUUUACUUUAUGACAACAGGUAUCAUGCCAUUUCGGGCAGAUACAGUGGCCAAACUGAAAAAGUGCAUUCUUGAAGGGACAUACAGUUUGCCUCCCUGCCUCUCAGAAGAUUGCCAGAAUCUGAUAAAAGGAGUCCUUCAGCCAGUACCAACCGAAAGAUAUUCUGUCAAACUUAUUAUGAACAGUGAAUGGAUGCAAGGAAUACAGUACCCCAAACCUUUAGAGCCGUUUAAACUGGAUCCAAAGUAUUUAUCAGACAGGAGUACACUCAAAGAGGAAGAAAUUGAAGUGAAAAAUAUUCUGGAAGAUCUGGGGAUCACAGAAGAACACAUUCAAAAUAACCGGGGAAGAGAUGCACACAGCUCAAUAACAGGGGUCUACAGGAUUGUUUUACACAAAGUCCAGAAGAAAAGGGCACUUGAAUGUGUUCCUAUCAUGUCCCAUCCAGACCCCAAAGAACAAGACUUGAGGACAGGAACCCAUUCUUAUAGCAGGGUGAAGCACACAUCCAAGCUGUGCUGUAUUUUAUAA